AUGAAUCGGCUUGCCGUGCUCCUCCUCCUCGGCCUCACCGGGCUUGCCAUCGCCAGAAUCGGAAGGGUCAAGAAGGCGGACAAGGACGGCAUCCUUGACGAGGAGGACAACGACAAGUUCGAGACGUUCAAGGGCCGAUUCAAGCGCAACUGCACCGACGGCGCCGACGCGUGCAAGCAGCGCAAACGGAACUUUGCCAACAACCUGAAGCGCAUCAAGAAGUUCCAGAAGAACAACACCGACACCAAGGAGGAGUUCGGAGUCACCGAGUUUGCCGACUGGUCAACCGCCGACCUCAAGAAGCUGGUGAUCAACCCGGACAAGAUGCCCGCCCCACUCGACAGCAUCGUCGUCCCCGAGCCGAAGAGGAGCAAGCGUGCCACCGCGACGGCGUUCGACUGGCGCACAAAGGGCGUCGUCACCCCCGUUAAGAAUCAGGGACAAUGCGGAUGCUGCUGGGCUUUUGCCGCCUCGGCCGCCGUCGAGACCGCCUCCAACAUCAUCAACAAGCGCUACAACGCCAGCCAGAGGAGCUACUCGGAGCAGCAAAUCAUGACCUGCACCCAGUCGUCUCCUUGCAACGGUGGAUGGCCCGCAACGGCGUUGAACUCGAUCAAGACCAAGGGAGCCGCGCGUACCGCUACUGUCCCUUAUACUGGCAAGGAAACAGCUUGCCCUAGCGUGGCCGUCGACAUGCCCGUCAACACCGUCGUCGACAUGACUGGCAAUGUUGCCAGCGCCCUGAGCUUUGUCGGCACCACCGGACCCAUCACUGCCGCCUUCUACGUCUGCGAGGACUUCUACUACUACACGAGCGGCAUCUACAGCACCAACUGCACCACCAGCAGCGCCAACUUCCUCGGAGGACACGCUGUCACCAUCAUGGGAUACGGCACCAACUCGGCCGGCGUCAACUUCUGGCUGGUGAAGAACUCGUGGGGCACCAACUGGGGAAUGGCUGGAUAUUUCCAGAUCAAGCGCGGCACCGACACGUGCAAGUUCGAGACCUGGGGACUCUCCGCCCCGACCGCCAAGGUCAUCGCU